ACGCGCAAACGAAGCGCGCGUCUCCGAGAGCCGUGCCUUGUAGUGUUGUUAGAGAGAUAUCUGCCCGCGUGGAGAAUGAAUGAAUAUGACAUGGAUAUUAAUCUCUCCUCGGGGAAUCGCUCCUCCUGGAAAGCGGAGUCGGUGCUCAUUUCUUUGGGCUUCUCGGUCAUUUUCCUGCUCGGCACCGUGGGAAAUUGUCUGGUCCUCGCGGUUCUAGUCCGCAACGGACAGAUGAAGACCAAGACCACCAACAUGUUCAUCCUCAACCUCGGAGUAGCAGAUCUGAGUUUUAUCGUGUUCUGCGUGCCCUUCCAGGCCACCAUCUACACCCUGGAUGAGUGGCUCUUCGGUCCCGCGGUCUGUAAACUCGUGCACUUCAUCAUUUUCCUCACCAUGCACGCGAGCAUCUUCACCCUCACAGCUGUCUCCCUGGACAGGUAUUUGGCCAUUUGCUACCCGCUCCGCUCCAGAGAGAUGAGAACCCCAAAGAACGCCCUGGCCUCCAUCUGCCUGGUCUGGGUCCUGGCCUUGGUUUUCUCCGCACCCUAUCUCAGCUACUACUCCCAGAUGGACCUGGCCGGUACCCGGGUCUGUGUCCCUGCCUGGGAGUCCAACCCACGCAUCAUAAUGGACGUGUGCACCUUCAUCUUUGGCUACCUCCUCCCCGUGCUGGUUCUGGGACUUACCUACGCCUGCACCAUCCGAUACCUGUGGACCAGCGUGGACCCCGUGGAGGACAUGUCUGAGUCGAGGCGGGCCAAGCGGAAAGUCACCAAGAUGAUCGUCAUCGUCACCGCUCUCUUCUGCCUCUGCUGGCUCCCCCAUCACCUGGUCCUCCUCUGCAUGUGGUCCGGACGCUUCCCGCUCAACCACGCCACCUACGUCCUCCGCAUCCUGUCCCACCUGAUGGCCUACACCAACUCCUGCCUCAACCCCAUCGUCUACGCGCUCGUCUCCAAGCACUUCCGCAAGGGCUUCAGGAAGGUGUUCAGCUGCUCGAUGAAGAGGACGGAGGUCAACAAGGUGCACGUGGUUCAGGUGGUGAACACAGUCAGCAGCGUGGAGACGUCCAACUGAGGACAGCGGCCCCCAACCGGACCUGAUGUAGAAGAGGAUGAGCCGACAGAACUUCACGAGAUACGGCGCUCUCUUUAGAUCAGGGGUCUUAGUUUUUUAAGCCAAGGACCCCUUAGGUGAAAGAGAGAUUGUGUAAAGAUGUAGUUGUGUAGCUGUGUAGUGACCGUGACAUACAUAAACACCUUGGUCGUUAAGAGUGGUUCUGCAGUGAUAAAUGUUAUACAUGUAA